AUGAAAGCAUACUGGUUUGAUAAUCUCCCGAAGCAGGGCGAUCAACGCGAACCCCACGAUUCCGGCCGCGAAGUCAGCCCGGAAUACCUCUCCAAGCUUGGCAUCCUCCACUUCCACUACCCCAAUCUCGAAGAUGUGAACGCCUUAGCGUCCCAGAGAAAUUACAAAAACCGAGAUGAGGUCACGAUAUCCCCUCAGGCCAUGGGCGAUGUCUACGAGGACAAGGUGAAGACGUUCUUCAAUGAGCAUCUACAUGAGGACGAGGAGAUUCGAUACAUCUUGGAUGGAGCGGGAUACUUCGACGUGCGGAGUGAGGGAGACGAGUGGGUGAGGAUCAGGCUGGAGAAGAAUGAUCUGAUGAUCAUGCCGGCUGGCAUUUAUCAUCGGUUUACUACGGACACCCAGAAUUAUACCAAGGCCAUGAGAUUGUUCAAAGAGGAUCCCAAAUGGACGCCGCUGAAUCGCGGUAGCGAAACUGAUCAAAAUCAGUAUCGGAAAGAGUACUUGAAGACGUACGGUUCUCCUGUUGCCAGCCACUAG